AUGACGCCUCAGUGGCAGAUCAUCUCUCUCCUUCUCAUUUGGUCGCUUCUCACCGUGCUUGUGGCAGGUGUGUGCUCCACCUGUUGCCUACUGCCUUUUUGGGUAGCCGGGAGUGUUGAGUUGCCCGCAAUAGGAGGCAGAGUUAUCACCAGUGUGAGUCAUUUGGGCCUCUUCCGUCGAUGCGGCUACCCAACGUACCAGUCGAAUGGAGAUGUGGAGUGGAUACAGGGAUGUGGUUACUACCCAGAGUUGGAAAGCGUGCCUCAUUGGGUUUGGCGCAUGGCUUUGGUGCUUCUCAUUAUAGCCGCCUGUCUUCUCGUCUUCCUGGCUUUCUUUGUGAUCUGUGCAGGAGCCUGCACGUCUCUACUGCGGAAGAACUUGAAGCUGUCGCGCGUCUGCUCCUACGUCCACCUCGUUGCAGGUGAGAUUGUGCUACAUGAUAUCGGGACGAGGGGAUUGCGGGUGAUGUGUGUUGCAUUCAGGUCGUUGCGAGGUUGGUUGGGCAUACGUGCUGACAAUAGCAUGCGGCGUAAUCAGCGUGGUUUUGUCGGGAAUGCCGAACCUUCUGCAAUCCCUCCUGCAGCGCAAUAUCUUAUUGCCACCGUUGCCAUCAACCACUUCCACUCUCAUCUUUCCCCUCCUUGGUACACCACGCAGAACUCAGUGUUCUUCAGUGGUGGUAGUGGUGGUGUUGGUGGCGGCAUCAACUGCAGUGGUAGGCGGCGUCCACACUCGCUUAUAGUUCCACCUGACCCCAGCUCCAUGUGCGAUCUCACGCGUCGUCUUAGCUGCUCUACCUUCUGGUCUAUCCCAGAGCAAGAGCAGAGCGAAAUGCCUCCUAUCAAGCGCUCAGAAUGCCACUUUGUUGCAGUCAUACCGGAGGAUGAAGUAGACGCCAACACUGCAGAAGGAGAGAACAACGACAUUAGCAAUGAUGACAAAAGCGCCAGCGGUGGUGAUACCGUCAGCUAA